AUGGAAUGUAUUCUCGGCGGUGUUUUGCAUUCUGGUCAGAUUUGCAUGUCGACAGAUCGUAUCAUAAUUCACGCUGAAAUAGCAGACAAAUUCUUGGAGAUUUUGAAAGCAACUUUUUCCGCUAUUUCAUCAUCAGCACCUGAUCCACCACUUCUUGUUAAUGCUGCCGCAAAAGCUCGAUUGCAGGAGGUAGUCUCAAAAGCUUUCUCAGAAGGAGCUUCCAGUCUUCUUGGAAGUAUUGAGCAAUUACAGCCAAAGGAAACUAACGGAUCAUCUCCGGUAAAAUUCACACCCAUGAUCAUCGAGAUAUAAAAGAAGAUAUGCCAUUAUGGCAUGAUGAAACUUCGGGCCUGUGGUAGCAUACAGAAUUGCAAAGCCUAAUGAAGAAGCUAUGGAAAUGGCAAAUGAUACCGAGUAUGGGCUAUCAGCAGCCGUGUUUACUCAAGAUUUGCGAAAAGGUUUUGCCAUCGCAAAGCGAUUAGAGUCUGGGUGAGUCUUUCACAAGAACUCACACUUGUGAGGCUAUCGCUAAUGAUAUCAAAUAUAGGGCUGUUCAUAUCAAUAGUAUGAGUGUUCGAGGUGAGCCUGCUUUGCCAAUGGGAGGCGUGAAAAAGAGUGGUUGGGGUAGAUUUAAUACUGUCCUUGGGAUGGAGGAGUUUUUAAUUACAAAAUCAGUGACUUGA